GCCGAGGGCACUCUGCGAGCGCCGGGCUCUCCGGGUUUAAUGUUUAACGCGGCGCUCACAUGCCCACCGGCGAGUCUCGCAGGAGUGUUUUCCGAGGGCUGUCUGGAGCAGGAAAUGCCAGUGCAGGUUCACCGGAAAGCGAAUGAAAUAAGCAUGGAGUCCUCUAAACUGGAAUAUAUUUUCAUGGGUCACAGUUAAAAGUAAAAAGAAGAUGGAGGGAAAUGAGAGAAAGGGAGUAUAAAACCUGUCAAGAACUUCCCAUUUUUGUGAUUAUAUAUAUAAACUCUCGAUAUAAUACAACUAAUGGUUUAUAGUAACACUUCACUGCUAUCCCUGGAAGAAGUCAGUGACUGUGCAGCUUGCUUAACAAGAACUUAUACUCUAACAACUUUGAACAUGUUUUAACCUUAACUGGACACCUUUUAUUUUAUUUUAUUUAUUUUUUUUUUAAGUCUGAGAGUUGAAAACUUUGCUUAGCUGUAUUUUUACUGAGACACCGAUUCCUGAUGGAAAAUGGACUUAAACCCACAAAUGGUUACUAUUGCACAGAGUUGAAUGGAAUGCCAUGACUUUGGAAAUAUUCUUGUAGAACCACCUUCUUUGCCUUGCACCCAUCAUAUCCUUAAAUAUUCAAGAGUAAACCUUGCAGUUAGAAACUCUAAAAAAUAAUGGCAUGGGUGAAAUUCCUAAGAAAACCUGGGGGAAACCUUGGAAAAGUUUAUCAGCCUGGAAGUAUACUAUCCCUGGCACCAACAAAAGGCUUAUUGAAUGAACCUGGACAAAACAGCUGCUUUCUUAAUAGUGCUGUUCAGGUAUUAUGGCAGCUUGACAUAUUUCGACGAAGUUUAAGAGGUUUAACUGGGCACGUGUGUCAAGGAGACGCCUGCAUAUUUUGUGCUUUAAAGGCAAUCUUUUCACAGUUCCAGCACAGCCGAGAGAAAGCCCUCCCGUCGGACAACAUGAGACACGCCCUCGCAGAGAGCUUCAAGGAUGAACAGCGUUUCCAGCUGGGAUUCAUGGAUGAUGCAGCAGAAUGCUUUGAAAAUAUCCUCGAGAGGAUUCACUUUCACCUAGUGCCAAACAGUGAGACGGAUAUGUGCACUUCCAAGUCCUGCAUUUCCCAUCAGAAGUUUGCUAUGACGCUGUACGAGCAGUGCGUCUGUCGCAGCUGUGGAGCAUCAUCGGACCCGUUGCCUUUCACGGAGUUUGUGCGUUAUAUUUCCACCACAGCCCUCUGUAACGAAGUAGAGAAAAUGAUGGAGAGGCACGAACGUCUCAAGCCAGAAAUGUUUGCAGAGUUGCUGCAGGCAGCAAAUACUGCUGAUGACUACAGGAAGUGUCCUAGUAACUGUGGUCAGAAAAUAAAAAUUCGUCGUGUUCUUAUGAAUUGUCCUGAGAUUGUGACAAUCGGCUUAGUCUGGGAUUCAGAACACUCUGAUCUGACAGAAGAGGUUAUGAGGAAUCUGGCAACACAGCUUUAUCUUCCUGGGCUGUUUUAUAGAGUUACAGAUGAAAAUGCCAAAAACAGUGAGCUUUUCCUUGUGGGAAUGAUUUGCUACACGAGCCGACAUUACUGUGCCUUUGCCUUUCACACCAAGAGCUGCAAAUGGGUGCUGUUCGAUGAUGCUAAUGUCAAGGAGAUUGGAACAAAAUGGAAAGACGUGGUCUCCAGGUGCAUUCGGUGUCACUUCCAGCCAUUGCUGCUAUUUUAUGCUAACCCAGAUGGCACAGCUGUAUCUCCAGAAGAUGCACCAAAGCAGAUUAUUCACUGGUCUCAGUGUAAAACAGCAGGAGGAAGUGGGGAAGACUUGGGAUUUGAAAAGCAUUCUGCUGCUAAAUCAGAGCACGUGAAAGAGAACGGAAUUGGAGAUCCCCCUAAUCAAAGGAGUAAUAAAAAGCUUCAGCCAGAUAAUUCAGCCUUCAGUAGAAGCCACAUUCAAGCAAGUGGUGGUAGAGGCCCAGCUAAGUUGGGUUACAGCGAUCAAAAGGACAGGCUGAAGGACUUAUCCAGAGAGUGUGCUCAGAAAGCUGCUGACAUGAAAAACUUCCCAUCCUUACGAAAAGAUGUGGACAGAGGACCAAAGAAAGAGUCUGGGAGACAAAGAGAUGUGAUUGGGGAAGACCGUUGCAGUGUGAAGUCAGGAUCUCCUCCCAUCGGGAACGGCCUCAGGCACUGCGUGGAUCAGCGGAUAUACAGCAGCCAGGGAAGAGGCCCCUACAAACACGACAACGCCCCGCACCCAGCAAAGCUUUCUGCACACGUGCUCGGAUCAAAUAAAACUGACCCUUUCGCUGCUGGGGAGAAACCAGCCACGAGGACACGGCCUGAUGGUGUCACUGGUUAUGACACGGACACCAGUCAGGACUCCAGGGACAAAGGAAGCAGCAGGAGCAGGAGUAAAGGUUGGAAACCGAUGCGGGAGACGCUGAACGUAGACAGCAUUUUCAGCGAGAGUGAGAAAAAACAGCACAGCCCAAAGCACAAGGCAAACCUGAGCAGUAAAUCUAAGCACGAAAAGGAGAGGAGCUUUAACCAGUGGCCAAAGGAGAACCAGGUGCAGAAGGCUUUAAUGACUAUAUACGAGGACGAAACGAAACAGGAUACAGGAAGCCGAAGUUCACUGGAUUCGGAGGGAAAAGGGAACGCUGAAAAAAGCAAAGGGUUUACGGAGAGAAAAGUCCACGGUGAUAACUGGCAAAUUCAGAGGACAGAAUCUGGAUACGAAAGCAGCGAUCAUAUCAGCAACGGAUCUGCAAAUCCGGACUCACCUGUUAUUGAAGGAAUCAGCCCGGCAGAUGUCAAGAAUGUGAAAGACAGUGCUUCCUGCAGCGAACAGAACUUGUCAACCAAAAAAGCUGAGCAUGUGUUACAUUCGGUGCCCCAGCAGAACAGAAACUUCCACGAUUUGAGGAAAGACCAGUUGAAUUCUGAAGUGAACUACAGACCUCAUGUUGGUUUCCCAACAGAUUUACAUUUGCAGGUGCCCAGUCCUCCAGUAAAGAGAGCUGAAAUGCCUGAGACCACCAGGAAAUUCUUCCCCUCCUCAGCUCUCCAGCCAGUUGUCAAAGACAUCGUGAAGUCAGAAAGCAGGAACAAGGCAGGCGAACAGAAACCUUCCGAGUGGCUUCAACCAGACAGGUUUGAGAAGGUGAACGUGGCAGUGUUCUGUCCUGAUGGCCUGUCCCACCCCUACCCCGAGAACACCUGUGGCAGGAAGCUGCUCCCCAGUGACUUUGCCCCCUCUGCCCAGCCGCAGUCUCAUCACACAAGAACGCUCGGUCCCAAGGUGGGCUUGGGGCCCUGCGUGCCACAGUCCCUGCCGGAGAGGCCCGUGGUGCUUCCCGCCCCUCCCGCUGAGCACCCGCUGCGGAGGGGGGAUGCCCUCUGGGUGCCUGAAGCAGUGUAUCAGAACGUCCCUCCCCCUCUGCCACCCAAGAAAUACGCUCUGAAUACUUUGCCGGGAUCGGAGGGUAACUCUGCAGCAGAGGUAAAACCCGCAGAAGCGUUGCAAAGUAAUCCGCUGAGGCAAACGGGUGCUCCUCCAAAACCUGCACCAGAACCAAGUGUACUCCCACCAGAACAAAGGCUGAAAGAGCCCUUUCCAGGGAACGAACUGUUUGUCCACAAACCGGAUUCUCCACCUCGCUUGUCAGUCAAUGACUUCUGGACCGUGUCGGAGAACUUGUUAAAGAAAGGAUCCCGCCACACGGGGCCGAGUCCCGGCUACGUGGAGGGGAAUGACAGCGUGUCCCUAACGACCUACUUCUCAGUCGACAGCUGCAUGACUGACACCUACAGGAUGAAGUACCACCAGAGGCCCAAGCUGUAUUUCACGGAGAGCGGGAGCUUUCCCAAGGAGAAGCAUCCUCCAACAGCUGGGGUAGACCUGAACGCUACAUACCACGCCCCCCUGGAGCCCAGGCACCCCCCGCCCGAGCCGAGGUACAAGGCCAGCGCAGAAGGCAUCCACUGCAGCCGAUAGAUCCAUAAAAAAACCCACCCCCGGAUCUGACAUUUGCAUUUCACAUGGUCUGUGAACGGGCACAACCCUUGAAUGUGUGUGUGUGUGAUAACCAGGUACCCAGCUGACCGUACUUUGCGUGGGAGUUCUGACUGUUCAAAUGAAUAUGCAAAUUGGAGGCGCACGGAGGAGAAGAGGUGCUAAACUUGUGGUUCUUUGAUUUGUUACUCUAGUUGCCUUAAUGCUUACCUCUGUUACUCAGCUUGUCUUCUACAGUUUGUACUACACAUGGUCCCUUGGGGUGUGCACAUCUUACAGCAGUGGGAUCGACUGGAUGUUACUAAAUCUGUAAGAAGAUUUAAUUAGUUGCAGUUUAAGAAGUGCUCCUUCAGACUGCGGUCACUACCUACUUAGACUAACAAAAGGGAUAAAUGUAUUACCACAUCAAAUGCAGUAAAUGUAGUAAUAAUAGAGUAUUAUUUGUCCUGAGAAGUAGCAGGAGAUAACGUGGUUUUUUUCAGCUGACUUCUCUGAAAGUCUGUGCUUUCACAAACCUUCAAGUGUCUUUAAUACAAGUUUACCCAGAGGAUUUAUUUUUUAUUUGAAAAGCCUUAAUAAUAAUAAUAAUAAUAAUAAUAAUAAUCCUUUAAAAACCGUCCUGGUUUGCAAAUGUUAAAUGAGACUUUCAAAGGGAAUUGAAGUAAACCGCAGUAAUACUGUCCUAUUAAUACAGCUGCUCUAUGUUAGUGUACAUUUUUAAACACAUUUAUCAGAUUUUGUUCACCCUAUAAGCUAUAUACUUCAACUUAUUAAAUUUAACCACAUCUCUUACAAACUGAUAUAAGAGAAUAGGAUGCUAAUUUUAAAUGCAGAGUUAUCAUGCAACUAUGAAAGAUUAGUUUUGUAAGGUUUUAGAUAGAGUUACUGCUUAUGUUCAAUUCUGAUUUAUCCUCCAAGUGCAUACAAAGUAAUUGCUGCUAUUUAUUAAGCUUCCCUUUU